CGCAAUGACUCUAACUUCUGAAAUUGGGUCACGAAACCCUCUUCCUCUCUCAUCUUCCUCUCUCAUCUUCCUCUUUACUCCGUGUUAAACAAAAAAAAGAGAGUAAACAAAUCAAGGUUUUUGUAGUUGCAGCACCGCCACUGCUGAAGUAGUGUUUGAGGGUUUGGUAAGUGAGUCUCUCCCCUUUUCAUCGCAUCUCCAUUCUCCAUCAGUUAGAUAAGGUUAAGGGUUUAUCGCCAUGGGAAGAUCUAAAAAAGCUCCGAAAUUUGCUGUCAGGAAGAAGCUUGUCACUUCAAAAACCCUAAAACAGCACAAGCAAGAGGUGUUAAACCCUAAAAAGAAGGACCUUGAAGCCGCCAAUCUCCCUAGAAAUGUGGCUAAUGUUUCAUCUGCCCUAUUCUUCAAGUAUAAUACCGCCUUGGGACCUCCUUACCGGGUUAUCGUUGAUACCAAUUUCAUCAAUUUUUCCAUCCAGAAUAAAGUGAGAACCUCAAAUUAUGGUUUUAUAUGUUUCUUUGAUGAUGAAAAUAUAGUACUGCUUUUUAUUGAAUUGAAUAUUCUAGCUUAAAGUGGCUUUUUUUCUUGGCUGAAUUAGUUGAUUACAGGAAACUGCUUCCCAGUGAUUAGGUUUUGUUAACUUUGUGUAAUGCAAUUUUCACCUGGUGGGUUUUUGGUUUUAUGUUUUGUGCAGUUGGAUUUGGAGAAAGCUUGUAUGCGAAAUAAUAGCCAAUAUUGGAUAUUUGUCAUUGUUUACUAGCCAAUAUUGGAUGUUUUGCUUUGUAAAUGUUUUUUUGGGGGGUUGACUACUGACUAUGACCGUUAAUGUCUGACAUCUACAUUGAGUAGCCUUCUUGUGAUUCUACCUUCUAUAGAUGUAAGAGGAUGAAGUUAAUCUUUAUUCUGGUCAACUAAUUGCUCAUUUGAUUAAAUUGGUCUUAUCUUAUGGCUUUCAUGUGAAUUUGAAGUAUAUCUUAGUAGUUCUUUUUGCUCGAAGCAUUUUUCUACAUUAUAUCUUUAUAAGCUUCUACAUUAUCGUUCUGUGCCUGGGAAAAAUGAGACCUAAGCUGGUUGAACAUGGAGAUUUUACCCAUCUGAUCAAUAGUUUAUCUAAAUCAAAAAACCUGAUAUUCUGAAAUGGAUCUGUUCUUAUUUUAUGUUGUAAUUUUUUUUGAUAUUAUGAAAAGUUUCAUGUUAAGAAGCAUUAUACUAUUUAAAAUAUACACCUACUUGGAAAAUAAGAACACACAAAAUAUUAGAACAUAUAAAAUAUGUUUUAGAACAUAUGUAACAAGUUUUAGAACAUAUGGAAAAAGUAUUAUAACACGUGGCUUAAGUUUUAGAACAUAUGGUUUACUUUUUAGAACAUCACUUGCUUAUUAACUUCAUAUUCUCUUUGAAAUAGCAUGUUGGUUGUCUUUAGCAAUUUCAUGAAACAAAAGGACUGUGGAGAAGAUAGGAGGAUACCGUGUUGCAUUUUAGUUGCUCAAAAUAAGUGUCAAAUUAGUAGGAUCGAGCUACCUUAUUAAAUGGAGUAUAACAAAGUGUUUUUUAGAACCUAAAGAACAUUAUUUAGAACAUAAUUGUUUAGUUUUUAGAACCUAAGGAAUAAUAUUUAGAACAUUACCGAAAAAGGAUUAGAAUAUUGGAGUUUUCUCUUUUAGACCUUAGGUAUUGUUAUUGAUAUCGAAUAUGAGGGAACAUAGUUCUAUUAUCAAUUCCAUGUUAUGAUUAUUCUCUUAGGGUUGUUAUAUGCAAUGUGGAAUGGAAUGAAUGGAAUGGCAGUGCAUUUCUUACACACACAACUAUUUUCUUAAUCUUGGGGAUUUAUAAACCUUAUUAAUAAUUAUGGACUAUGGAGAGAGAUGGUAAGUUCAGAAGUGAUAUUCUGGGAACUAAUGGAUUGACUUAGAAUUCAAUUUGUCGUAUUCCUUUAACUUGAUUGGUAAUGUAAAAGUGCAUAAAAAAUAAUCUUUAUUUGAAUCAACAUGAAUUCAAUAAAACCGACAUCCCCGGUUCCGGCACGGCGAAGAAACCGGCAUCCCCAGAGCAGUAAGGCUAGAUUUCAGUUUCCGACGCCGGGCUUCUUGGUGUUGGAGCUCCGUUUUACCUCAUCGUCGUCCUUUAGUACCGUGUUUAGGUAUUUUCUCUCUCCUACCUUCCUUUCUAUAUUUACCUGAUUUUGCGAUUUUAUUAUGUGAAUUUUUUAUGUGAAUUGAUUUUUGGGAAAAUAGGGAUUUAAUUUGUGAUUUUGAUUUCCGGUGCUUCUUAUUUGUUGAUUAUGUUUAAUCAUAGGGUUUAGGUACUUCUGAUAUGUUCUUUGAAUCAGGAUUUAAAUUGCUGUUCUGUGAUUUAACAAUGAAUUUUCAGUUUUCAAAUGUAAAUUAGCUUGAAUUUGUAUUAUUCUUGGACCAUACCCAGUAAACCAAAUAUGGCCUAGAGGUUUCCGGCCAUAAACAAUGAACUGUGAACCCAUUUCAUGAACAACCAGAAGUUCCUAAACGCUUGAGUAGGCCAUGACAAAUCCUCUCAAAAUAGAGCAGAUUCCCCAAAAUAAACUAAAUCCGUUUCUUUUCCUCUUUUAUAAGGUAAUAGUAAGCAGCCUUACUCACCUUGGGUACAAGGAUCAGAAAUGUGUAUGGAUAAAGGUCAUAAGCAAUUAUUCUUGCAGCAUUUUCCCUAUUUACUUGAACUUUGAAGCAUUCAAGUUCUAUAUCUUAUUUACAUACACUAGUGGAGGAGAUAUGUACUUUGAUUAAAGUGAGGAUUCUAAGAUAAUUAGUAGUAAUCCACACUCCAAAAAUGUUAUCAAGAAAGAAACAACAGAGUAAAACCAUUAAAAUUGUACGUAAUGAGUGAUUGAGUAAUGACCAAAUGCAAGGAAUUAGUACACACUUUGUUUCAAGGAAGACCAAGCAGCAAUAGCUGCGUUUUUCUGAGCUUGUUUCUUUGUUUUAGCUGCCUCUCCCAUGAAAUUCAUUCCUGCCAACUCAAAUUUGCAUGAGAAAAUAGGAACAUGUCCUGGCCCUGAACGAAUAGUGGUGUAAACAGGGAGAUUCAGGCCGGCUCUAUGAGCUCUCUCUUGAAGCAAGGUCUUAUAAACUCCAGUUUCAAAACCCAACUGAUUCAUCACUUAUGUAAAAAAUAUGUGAUCUUAAGACAAACAUAAUUAAGAUAAAGUAACCCAGACAAAAGGUGGCUAGCAUAAGACAAAUGCCUUAAUGAUUAUGAACGUUGCUUCCACUAAGGAGGGUGUACUGGUUCCCUGCCUCUGUCACUGCAGAUGAUGUUGCUGCUUCUGUCCCCUUGUUACGAUGUUGCUUGGUCUGCCUCCUCACAUAUGUAUGGAGCACCGGUGCAGGUGGUGGGUGUAUUGCAGUAAGUUUAUUAUUAUACGACUUAAAUGACUUAUGAUGCUCUUCUUUGUGACUUUUGGGCCACUAGUAAAUCUUUGUUUAAUAAUUGAGCAAGUUAUGGUUACCAAGUUCAAUCCCUAAAUUAUUAAAUAAUGAAAAACAUAGUUUUUUGUUCUCUGGGAACUUUUAUGAAUUACAUCAUGUUGAAGGAGUUAACUUAGAACUUUGAAGUCUUACUUUAGGUGGCAAAUAUGUAUUGAUGGGCAUGUUAGAUCGGUGAUUUAUUUUUUACCUUCAUGUACAUAUAAUAUCAGUAUAUUGUAGCUGUAAUUUCAAUUUAUGUCUUAAAUCAGAUAACAUUAGCAGAUAUGAGCCCUGACCACUUAAUUUUAAACUAUACGCUGAUUAUAAUAUGACUGGCUCAAUAUUUGCAUGAUUCUCUCUGGUCUCUUCCCCUGAGCGUAUUGUUGGCAGGGGUUUUAGCUACUUCAUCGAGGUUCGUGAUCAUCUUGUGAUGAUAAAGUCAUGUGUUGGCACAGCUUAUCAAACUGCUUUAAGGUAAAAAGAAUUGUACACAACCAUACUACUACUGCUGAUUUACUACUUUUUCUUGGAGGUAAAAGAACUUUUAAGGUAAAAAAAAAUUUCUUGGAGCAUCAGAGGUUAGUUGGUUACUCAGUUCAUCAGUCAGCUCGCACCUUAGUAUACUACUGCUGAUUUACUACUAUUUCUAAACCUGCAGCAAAACUCUUUCACUCGUUUUUGAUGAGAAGUUCAUCAGACCAUGGGAGUACUAUUUUGACUAUUGUGCAACAGGAUUCAAGACAAGAACACUAGGUCUCUAGCUAGCUAAUUUGUUGUAUAUUUAACAUAAAUUUUUAUGUUUCAAGUGUAGUUAGGUUCGUUAUCAACAUGUUGGUUGGUCUAUGAUCGAUUUGCCUUUUAUAAUAUUGGGCUGUAAAACUCUAUUGACAAGUUUAUGUGCAUUAUAACUGUAGACA